AUGGACACCAAGUUCUCGGUCACGUUCUGCCCCGAGGGCGGCAGCGGCGGCAACCCGAGCGCGAGCUUUCAGAUGUACGACAACACGGACUUUUGGGGCAACGACAUUGGCCGGUUCCAGGUGUGGGGCGACGCCAACGCCAAGGCGAGUGCGUGCGCCAGCGGCUGCAAGGGCAACGACCAGUGCGUCGGCUUCUCGGUGAGCGGCGACUUUUGCUACAUGAAGAACGCGAUCGCCAACAAGUUUGGGAGCGGCGGCGUCGUCGGCGGCAUCAUGAACGGCAACGGCAAGUGCGCGGCGACGCAGUGGAACACGGAUUUUUACGGCAACGACAUUGACCGCAAGCAGGUCUGGGGCAACGCCGGCGAGCGCUCGGGCCAGUGCUGCAACUAUUGCAACGGCGUCGGCAACUGCGCCGCCUACACGGUCAACGGCGACUGGUGCUACCUCAAGUCGCAGGUCGGUUCUGCGUCGUGGAGCGGUAGCGCCUACUCGGGCCGCCGUGCGUCGGCGUAAUUUAACCUAAACAUAUGUUGACUGAAUACACGUUC